GCAGGAUGCGCGUACACUGGCUGAGUGUAGCCCUGGUGCUGCAAUGCUGGCUGCUCCUCGUCCUUCUGCUGUCCUGCUCGGCGGCGGACUCGACCACGCUGAACAGCGCUGGUCAGAGCAUCCACGACAUCAAAGGAAUACCACAGGUGACCAAGAAGGGCAACCCACUGCUGAUGCUGAUGGAGCCGGCUCUGCCGGCGCUGAAGUACAUGCUUCCGCUGGUGGCCCUACUGGCUCUGCCCGAACUACUGAGCACGGCUCUGACGAGCCUCCGUGGCAUUGCGGCGAUGAACGCCGGCGCCUACACGGUCCAGGCCCGGCGCAGAGGCCGCAGGGGCACCAUGGACGGAGGUCGAGGAGGCGGUGCAGUGCCCGGCGGCAUCGACUACAUACAGGGCGCCCAGCAAAUGAUCACUCUCCUGACACGUCUCGACGAGGCCGUGCAGCGUUACGGCCAGCAGGACGCCUCCUGCCAGCUGAAGGCCAUGUGCGAGUUUCACCGGUCCGCGAUGAGUCCCGAGGCCGGCACCGUCGCCAAGAACAUCAUAUCUAUGCUCAAGGCCGACGGCCGCGUGGAGAGGUCAGCGAUGCCCGAUGACCAGAAGGCUGCCAUGCAAGACUUCCUCAAGGCUGCCCAGAACGGACUGCACCAGCGGAACUGCUCACGCAUAUACAGCGACUGCCACGACACCACCACCACCUAACUAGGAUCGCUAGCUAAUUAAUCUACGUGUCGUUCAUUUCCGUAUUCCUUUUUUUUUUGUU